AUGGCUACUCGCGCUACUUUCCCACGCCUCGCACAGACCUUCGCCGACAAGCAGGCUCUCUUGAAGACGGUGAAAGAGGCUUGCGACAACUCCAGUCACACGUUCUCCGUCACCGCCUCGACCGACCGCAUCGUCACCUUCCGCUGCUCGUCGCGCCGGCGUGGAGACAGGGACGCUUGCACCGCGCAUCUCACAGCCCGCCGUGCCGAGACGAAGGCGCCGUGGGCAGUGACGGAGGUCAACAACAGGCAUUCUUGCACUGUCCCGCCUACUCCGGUGGCCAAGCCUGUCGUCGACCCGAAGAAACGAGCUCCGCCCGCCUCAACCGCCAAAGUCGUGAACACCUCGCCCGCUCUCGCUGAGAUCGAACAAAAGCCGACACUACGUCCCUCGACUCCCUUCAAGCUCGUCUUCCUGUCCAACCCACCUGCCGACGAUGCGCAAGGCUCGCAAGGCCCGCUCGAUGCCGCUCCUCCUUCGCCAAUCUCCCUUCGCGCGCCCGACGCGCCUCCUCCGCCCGCGAAGAAGCGCCGUCGCUCCGUUGCCGCGAGUGCUGCAAGGAAGAGCGCGCAGAAGCCGCCAGCGCCGAUCUCUACCGCGACCUCCUCCUCCUCACCGCAACUUCCGAUCCUUGACCUCCGUACGCCUUCGCCGCCUCCGCUCGCGCCUCAACCACCGCCGUCAACUGCUCCCCUCGUCGACGCCGCCACUCCCUUCAGCCUCGUCCUCAGCGACGUCGGAUUCGGCGACCCUUCCCUCGUCGCCUCCCUUCUCUACCUGUCUCCCGGGACGCUCAACGACUUCCUCGCUCAGGUCAAGGUAGAGUACGGCGAGGAUACGAGGAAGAGGAUGAGUGACUUUGUGCUUAGCUGGAGGGAGAUGGGCAGGAGCGAGGGGUUCGGCUGA